AUUCACCAACAGCUCGAUGAACCAGGGAAUGCUGCACUCCUGCACCAUGGUCUCCUUGGUUGUUCGCCCAUCCAACCAACAGUUGCAAUAUGCCUUAAGUGUUUGGAGCUCUACCAUCAAAUUCACCAGCACCAGUCCUCACUUAGCAUCCAGUCCAUCACAAGAGUUUUGUGUAUGCUUCACAAUGUAAGCCAAUCA